AUGCCGCCGCCGGGCCUCUCGGGCGCGGGGCUGCGCCUCGGUCGGGCCAUGAGCCGCGGCGUCCUGGAGCCCCGACCGCCGGGGAAGCGCUGGCUGGUGGCCGGCCUGGGGAACCCCGGCCUGCCCGGCACGCGGCACAGCGUGGGCCUGGCGGUGCUGGGGCAGCUGGCGCGGCGGCUGGGCGUGGCGGGAAGCUGGGCGCGCGACCGCCGCUGCGCCGCCGACCUCGCCCUGGCCGCGCUCGGGGACGCCCAGCUGGUCCUGCUCCGCCCGCGGCGCCUCAUGAACGCCAACGGGCUCAGCGUGGCCCGGGCCGCGGAGCUGUUCGGGCUGACUGCCGAGGAGGUCUACCUGGUGCACGACGAGCUCGACAAGCCCCUGGGGAAACUGGCUUUGAAGCUGGGAGGAAGCGCCCGGCGAUGCCCAGGCUCCGGGUGGGCAUUGGGCGCCCGGCAUGCCCCGAGGCGGUGCAGGCCCACGUGCUGGGCCUCUUCUCCCCCGCGGAGCAGGAGCUGCUGCCACCGCUGCUGGAGCGGGCCGCCGACCUGCUCCUGGACCACAUCCGCGAGCGAAGCCAGAGUCCCGCCGCCGGCCCCUGACCCCCGAGCGCCCUGCGCACACACCCAGCCACGGCUCCACAUCCGCAGAGGUGCCACGCCGACCUGUGGGAUCCACUCUUUAUAUAACUCUACCUCCGGGCUGCCCCUGGCUGCCCACAGAUUAAAGGGGGGCUGUGGCCAGAACUGGCCCAUUUCCAAGAUAGGGAGCUGGUCUUCUUUCUGUGUCCUACUUAGAAAGUAGGGAAACUGGAGGAAGGCUAAACUUCUUGAAUUUUUUUGGAGCAUCAGAGCUGUGCACCUGUAAGGUUAAAGAUGCAAACUGGGAAGGGGAGGCCUUCUUGGGGGUUUGCACCCUCCCCAGCCUGUAGAGGGGGGUCAUCGGAGCCCAGCAAGCCCAUCCCAGGGGAUGUGUGAGCUUGCCUUGACCCCCAGAGGCCUGUUCUUCCAUCCAUCUUGCAGAUGGCAAAGGGGGGUUUCGAGAGGUCUAACCACACCCCCGGGGCCUCGCAGCUCCGUGGGGGCAGAGCCUUGCUAUCCCCAGGGCUGACCGCUGUCUUGCUGUCCCUGGGGGUGCUGGCACCCUCACCGCGGGGCUGCUGUUUGUCCGGAAUGUUCUCAUGCGUGUGGUGUGUGAGAGCCGCCUGAGGUCCUCAGGGUUGGGUGAGAUCAUGACCCGUCGAAGCGCCAGGUCCUUGGGCUUGUCGGGGGUGACCAUGGACUGUUGCUGCGCCGGAGACCCCAUCAAGGAGAACAGGGCUGCGGAGCUGCUGUGGGCAGGGGGCUGAUCUCACCACCUCCACCGCUUGGAGGUGGAGGCUGAGGUUCAGAGAGGCCGGGGGGCCCUGACUUCUGACUUGGCUCAGCUGAGGGCAGCCCUGGGGCCAGUCCUGUAGCUGCCCCCUCUGAGGUCACGCAGGGCCACUCACCUCUCCUGGCACGGGUCACAGUACUGACUCUCCUCGCUGGGCGCGAGAGCCAUCGAGGGGCUCAAGGCGGUGGCCGAGCGGAGCAUGGCCAGCAGCUGCUGCAGCAUCUCCUUGCACUGCAGCUGGAACACCAGGCCCACGUCGUCGUCGUCCUCGUCACUGGGCUGCAUCUGCCAGUAGGGGCGGGGUGGGCCCGGUGUGGGGAUCAGGCCCCUCUGGGAAACUGUGCCCGGUACUGUCUCUUUGUAGUGCUGCCUGGCUGUGGUGGGAUACCCAUUCUCCAAAUGUGGAGGUGAAGGCUUGAGGCCUUCUGGGGCCCAGAGAAGGAGUCCAGCUCCUCCGAGGCCUUGAAGAGAUCUCGGAUGUCCAGAGCCAGAAAAGGACAGACUUAACAGGAGUCUCUCAGGGGAGAGCCGGGGCCUCUGGCCCUGGCCUGGCCUUGCCAGGUGGCCUGGUUAUCUCCAAGCGGCGUCUGACUCGGCCUGUCCCCUGCUCUCCCCCCCUUCCAGUUCACCUGUAGAAUGUGAUGAAGGAAGGCGGUGCUGUGGACCAGGGCCGUCUCCAGGCCUGCCCGUGCCUUCUGCUCUCUGGUCAGCUUGUGCUGUAGCCGCUGCGCCUUGGUCUGCUGCCGCUUCAGCAGCAGGUUCAGCUGGUCUUUCUGGCUCCUGAGCUCAGGAGCAGGAGGAGUCAGCCCACGGCCUCCAUAUGACAAUAGUGCCUCAGCCCCUCCGGAGGGGUUGGUAGCUGUGGUGGCCAGAAAGGGCUGGUCUCCAACUUGCCCCUGCCUCUCCCCCAGCCCCCCGGGGCCGCACCUCAGCUCCUGGUUGUCCUUCUGUAGCUGCUGGAGGCGCUGCUCCUGCUGGCUCAGCAGGAGGCACAGGCGCUGGGCCUCUGCUGUGUUUACCUGCUGCUCUUUGCACUUCUCAGUCAGCAUGAGGAUGAUCUGCAGGUGUGGGCAGGUGUGACCUGGACCCACCAUGGGCCCUUGACUAGCCUUGCCACCCCAGCUCCAGACCCAGUCAGGGCUCACCCCAUUACAUCCCAUUCUAUAGAGAAGCCCACCAGGCCCAGGAGAGGGGGCAGCACUCCAACAACUUAUGGGGCUUUAACUCAAGUAUGGCAGAACCAGAGCUGGGGUCAGCACCCUGCAGUCCCCACCAGGAGGGCCUUGCCCCCUAUUCCACCUCUCUCUCCCCACUGGGCUCCAGCCCUGCGUCACCCCAGCCAGGGUGUCUGCCCCGGGCGCAGGGUCCCUAAGGUUUCCGGGCCUGGUGGUCACACCUUCUGGUGGCCUCUGAGGUGCCUGGCCAUGGCCUUCUCUGAGCUCUCCAGUAGCUCCAGCUGUUUGCACAGCUGGUCCUGGCUACCCUUAAGACUCUCGUUCUCCUGCAGCAGCUGCACGCCGUGCUGCGAGAUCUUGGACAGCUGCAGGGUCAUGGUGUUGUUCUCCGUGAUGGCCCGCCUGGUUGUCUCCCACAUCUGGCUCGUAGCCACCUUGCGGAACUCAGUGGCCACCAGGUUCACACGCUGGAUGAUCUCCUUCCUCAGUCUGGGUGGGAGCAAGGGAAGGUCCAGCAGAGUGGGCGCAGGCCUCCACCAGCCCUCGCCUACGUGAGGGUCCCCGAGGGUCACCCCCAGGAGGGGUGGGGCUACUGGCAGGAGGCUUUUUAUUGUACACACUACCUUUGGGAUUUUGAGCCAUACCAAUGUAUUCUUGCAAAUAAAUCUAAUUUAUAUCACCAAAAGUGGCUAGAGGAAUUCCAGGGAUUCUCCAGCUCCUGCAAGAGGACUGGCGUUGGGAGCUUAGUUAUUCCCUCCCGCCCACCAUCACCUGCCAGGAUUCUGCCAAGCAGUGGCUGGGGGGAUCCGUGAGCUAGUGUGGUUGCCCUGAUGAGGAGCCGAGGCCAGCAAAGGCCUGAGGCCUGGACUGUGCCCAGCUCUGUGGGUAAAGGCCCCAAAGGCCCCAGCCCGGCUCGCCCACCUGUCCUUGUCCAGCACCGACUUCUUCUCCAGGUUGUAUAUAUAGUCCUUGUGUUCGGUCUCCUGCUUACGCAGGUGCUCCUCCAGGGUCGUGAACUUGUCGGACAGCUCCUCUUUCUGCAGCCGGAACUCCUCCAGGGCGGCCAGCUUCCCACCUGCCCCACCGCAGGACACAGGCCUGGUGAGCGGCCACCUCAGGAGCUGCUGGCUCUUCCACUGAGGGCCUUGAAUGAUGUCCCUCCCUCUCCACUUCCUCCACCUCUGUC